CUUGGGGCAAGAUGGAGGAGCCGAGCUAGUGAGGGAUGUUGACAAACUAGAGACUAAAACGGGCCUUAAAUCCGAGGAACGGCGAUGCGAGGUGUGUGCUGUCAAUCUGACUGAAUAAUCUUAGACCUACAUCAUGAGCAUUGUCCAUGACAAAUUAGGUAAUGAAUUCCUCAGGAAUGGUGGGAUGGAACCAAACUUGUCUUCUGGCAUGAUCAUGUUCAGUCACCUCCCACCAAUCACAAAUAUUUCUAGCCUUGCUGCUCAUUCUGUCAUACCAUCUGUACCUCAGGAUUUGAUCCUCAAAAAAGAUCCUGAUGCUCCAACAGAAAAAUACUCAUCAGAAUAUGUGCAGCCCCUCUCGGAUGUUAAAGAGAAGAAAUUCUCCGCGCAUGAUGGAUUUUUAUUUUUUAAAAAUAAGCUCCUUGAGGAAGAGGAGUUGGGCAGGGGACAGAGCAUCUUGACCCAAACCCUUACUCAUACUGGUGUAUCACAUGUCAGAUUUGAAAACGAUUACCUCAAUGUUCCUAAACAAGGGAUUGUUAAGAGGGCAAACAAACAAAAUUCCCAAUCUCAGGAUACAAAACCCAAGCGGAAGCAAAGUGAAACGACCAAGUCUUCAGCAAGUGGAGAUGGUGCCAGUCUCUUACGUGGUACAAAGGUUCAUGUAUGUGAGCAUUGCUGUGCCUCCUUUCGUAGUUCUUACCAUCUUCGUCGCCAUAUCCUUAUUCAUACUGGUGAACGGCCUUUUCAAUGUAGCCAGUGCAAUAUGUGUUUCAUUCAGAAGUAUCUUCUUCAGAGGCAUGAGAAGAUCCACAGUGGAGAGAAGCCGUUCUGUUGUGAUCAGUGUAAUAUGAGAUUCAUCCAGAAAUAUCACAUGGAAAGACAUAAAAGAACACACAGUGGAGAAAAGCCUUAUCAGUGCCACACUUGCCAACAGUAUUUUUCCAGAACAGAUAGAUUAUUAAAGCACAGACGUACAUGUGGAGAAGUCCUUGGAAAAAAUGAAAAUGGAAUGGAACCUGGAUCAACCUGUCAUAUUGGAAAUGGAUGUUUUACCUCAUCUCAGGGAAUGACAGGAACACAUAAAAAAACAAAAUCUAAAGCUACAUCUCAGGAGGCCAAGGACAAAUCAGUCCGUAAAAAGAAUAAAGUUAACAUAUCUGAACUGCAAAGUAGCCUAACCGAGUGCAAAGACAAGUUGUCUGUGUAUAAUAUGCAUGAAUAUGCUGUUGAAAUGCCAUUGGGGUCUUCCAAUAUAAAGUUGGGAAAUGCAAGUGAAGAGGAUUUACAAACAAGAGCACCUAAAUUGGUAAUUAAAAAAGUAAAUCGGAAGAACACUCAAAGAACAGGUGUGAACGAUGCAGCACAUCUUGUUAUACCUACCACGGAGCUGAUGAGACAAAAGUUAAUGACUAAUAAACAAGGAGCUGUAGAAUUGAACAGCAGCACCAGCAUGGAUAAUAUUGUCUUGUUGCAGAACGCAGGCAAUAAAACAGAACAGGCUAAUAACUGCAACUAUGACGAUGCUAUGCAGUUUUUUAAGAAAAAAAGGUACUUGCAAGCUGCCUCCAAUAACAAUGACUAUGCAGUGAGUAUAGGACAAAUGGCAUCUCAGCAGUCUGUAAUCCAGGCAGCAGUUGCCAGUGUGAUGGAUAAUGAAAACUCACUUACUUUGCUGGAUUCUUCUCCAAUGAAUGUGGAUGUGAAAGUCUGUCAUGAGAAGUCGGGAAUUCCAGAUGAAGUCCUUCAGAGCCUUUUAGACCAAUAUUCCCACAAACAUGAGGGCCAGCAUGAUGUUGCUUUUGAUAUUGCUGACCAACAUAUACCAAUCCAUUCUUCGGGCGAAAAUCCAGAGAUGCAUGAGGAGGCUGUUUGCCCAGAGUCUCAUCCAUCACGUAGUGACAAAACAGGAAUGCUCCAAGAAUAUUCUAAAUACCUCCAGCAAGCUUUAGAAAGAACAAGUCAAGGCGAUGGGUUUUCGCUAACCCCAGGAAUGCAGUUUUGUUCUACUAGUCUUCCAUCAAGUCUACCCAGCCAUAAUUUAUUCCCUGAUAAACAAGCUUACACCACCCCUGCACUUGAGUGUGGUUUCAGUCCAUCAAUUACCUCAGUGUUGCCAACCACCUCACCAAAGCCACAUUUUGGUUUGUUGGUUGGAAGUUCCCAACCUGGUAUUCACUUUCCCAGUACAGAAACUGCUCAUCAAAGGCUGACACCAUCUCAAGAGCUGGUUGGGCAGUUGGAACAACAAAAGAAGUUGGAGGGUAGUCUAAAUCAUCAGGUCUAUCAGAUUGAGAAUUUUGCCCAGGCAUUUGGUUCUCAGUUCAAGUCAGGCAGUAGAGUGCCGAUGACCUUCAGCAGUGGCACCAGUGAAGAAGUCCACCAAAUAAGGACUACAGUUUCUGAAUUCUCAGGGUACUCUAAUUUGUUGUCUAAUGCUAAUGAGCCAAUCAGUACAGGAGCCAAGACUCCGACCAGCCAAAGUUAUCAGUAAGGUCACAAGAAUGACUAAGCUGGAGGGCCUUGAGUGCUUCAUAUCAUAUUUUAACCAUGUGGUAAACACAUUGUCACUCCAAAUGUCUGGAUCUGAGAAAAAUUAAUGAAGCUCUUCCAAUGCAACAUUUUACCGUUUUGUUGGAGCAUUCAGUCUGUAAUCAUGUUAGAACAGUUUGUAUUAGGAAAAUAAUUGACACUGGAUAGGCAGAAAUUUAACAAGUCUUGGUUUUUUUUGGCAAUGAUUUGGAAAAUGUUUUAGCAGAAUAGCAUGACUUGGAUGGAGUUAAAGUUUUUUUUGGGAUUUAUCUUGUAAUUCAACUGUACUAUUAAUGGAAAAAAAGUGUAGCUGUUAAAACAUCAGGGAAAUAUUCAACAUGCAAUAUUGAAAAAUGAUGGCAUCAUUUCUCUUGAACUGUGGCUUUGCUUAUAGAACAACUCAGGAAACAUGAUGAAGUAAAGGGAGAUAUUGAAUGUACAUCAGUGCAUUCAAAUAUUUGAUCCCUGACAACAGCUUUGAGGCCACAAGAUAUCAUUGUCAUUAACUCAAAAGGAAUUAAUACUUGACACAUUUUAUUUCAGUAUAGUAAUAAAAUUCCAAAAAUAUUUAAAAAUUAGAUAGUGCAACACUUUAUUUACCUCACUGUACAUUUUAAAAGUCGUAAAUAGGCAGGUAUCAAUAUAAGUUUCAGUAGUAAAAGUAGCUUGAGCAAAUUGUAUGAUGUGAUCAUUCCUGUUGGACGCUUUGCACUUUUUACAGGAAAAACAUCUAGAAUUUUUGUUUUAGAAAAUUGUGCAGGACAGGGUGAAAGAAUGAAACUACAGCUUUCUACAGUGAAAUCUGCAAAGUAUAUUGAAAAGUUUGGUAAGCUAGAUCAUAAUUUCCGUUAUACAUUUCAUAGUGUUGCAAAAGCAGAUUUACCCAUCAGUUUGAUAGGUAACCUGGGAAUAUAAUGACCUUUAACAGUGUAUGAUAAUUUGCUGCUUUGUUUAAAGUUGUAAACCCUUGGAAAAACAGGAAAUAGAAACAGAUAUCAUCUAGUUAAACCAACAAAUGCCAGUUUGCCCAUUUGUACACAUUCAGAGUAAUUUCGUUCUGAUCUUAGAUUCCAUCCUAAAUGCUUGAGGCCAUAAAUGAUUGCAUAAGCUAUUAACUCAAAUGUUUUUCAACAGCAGAUGUCAGAUAAUACAUUGAUCAGAAAUUACUUAAGUAACAGCAACUAUAGCCUAAUGCAUUCACAAUUUAAAGAUCUUGACAAGGUGAAGAUUAUCAGCACAGCCUGCUCACCUUACUAACUGACAUUUUACCAUUAAGAAUUUCUUUAAACAGAUAUAAACUAAAAAUUAAAUACAUCUUACCACCAUUUUUAAUUUGGUAUUUGAGAACACAUCAAGAAGGAAGAGUUUUUCCCUAUACUAAGUGUUAAAACUGUUAAAAUUAAAGCAGUGUAGGACUUGAAAUUUACACCAACAAAUUAGGUUUAGAUGAAGAUGCCCAUUUAGAUGAAACAAAGUGAUUUUAUCUCAAACACUCUUAUUGGUAGUCAUUGCAUUUAUCUUAAAUUUAUGCAUCAUUUUCCUGAACACUUCUGUCCAGCUAUUGUGAAUUUGUAACUCUGCAUUCUGAUUUCUAAUAUCUAACUUAAAUGAUGUCCCUUGAAGCUUAGAAAUUACACGUUACUCUAAAAAAUAACAGCAGUACUUAGUGACAAUUGUUAAUUGUUUUUCACUUGAAAGCAGUAGUUCUUUGUUAUAGGAAAGUGAUGAGAUCUGAUUCUUAGAGCCACUGUGAAGUAUGGCACAGAAAUGGGUCUUUUGGCCCAACUAAUCCACGCCGAAACCUUUUAAACUGCCUACUUACAUUGACCUGCAUUGUGUCCUUAGCUUUCCUUACCCUUACUAUCCACAUAUUUAUCCAAAGUUCAUUUAAAAAUGUUGAAAUUGAGCUUGCAUGUGUUGUCAGCAUAUUCCACACUCUUAUGACCCUUAACCUUUUCACUUUUCACCAUUAGCUUAUAACCUCUAGAUAUAGUUCCACCCAACCUCAGUGGUAAAAGCCUACCUGCAUUUUACCCUAUCCCCUUAUAAUUUUGUAUACCACUAUCAAAUCUCCUCUCAAUCUUCUGUGUUCUUAAAGAAUACAGCCCUAACCUAUUCAGUCAUUUCUACUAACUCAGGCCCUCCUGAUCUGGCAACAUCCUUGUUAAUGUUCUCUGUACUCUUUCAAACUUAUUUGCAUCUUUCUUGUAGGUGGGUGAUCAAAACUGCAUACAGCACUCCAAAUCAGGCCUCACCCACAUCAUAAACGACCUCAACAUAAUAUCCCUUGUUCUUUACUCAAUACAUGGAUUUAUAAAGGCCAUUGUACCAAAAGCUUUCUGUAUGACCCCAUCUAUCUACACCACCACUUUGAACGAGUUUCCCAGUUUCUCUUUGUUCUACCUCACUCCUCAGUGCCCUAUUGUUCACUAUGUAAGACCUACCAUGAAUGGUCCAGCCAAAGUGCAACACCUCACCUUCCUCCAUGCUUAAUGGUCUUGAUGGUCAUCUGUAUAUUUAUUCAGUUAAUCAUAUUUUCAUUCAAAUCAUUAAUAUAGUUGAUGAACAAAAAAAGAUCCAGAACUGAUCCUUGCAGUAUACCAUUGGUCACAAGCCUCUAGUCACAGAAGUGUCCAUCUACUUUCCCUCUCUGGCUUUGAUGGACCAUCAAUAACUCUCGGAGACGUGAGGCGAGAUAUAGGCUUUUAUUGGCUGGAAGAAAGAACAAGCAGCAAAUGACCACCACACAACAUCCCGGAGACUGAGGCUGGGGCUGUGUCUCCAAUUGCCUUUAUACCGAGGUCUGUGGGAGGAGCCACAGGAGCAGUCAGUGGGGGGGGGCGUGUCCGGACAGGUAUAUGUAGUUCAGUUCACCACAGGCUUCUCCUGCAAAGCCAAUGUCUAAUUGAACAUCUUGAAUGCUAAGCAACUACAUUUUUUUGAACAUCCCAUAUGGAUCCUUGACAAAGGCCAUUCUAAGGUCCUUGUAAACAGCAUCCACUUGCUUGCUUUCAUUGUAAUUGUUGAAAAACCAGAUAGUCAGACAUGACAAUGGUGCACUGAAUCAUGCUGACUAUACUUAAUUGGUCCAUGUCCAGCCAAAUACUCAUAUAUCUGAUCUCUUAAGAGUCCUUCCAAUAAUUUGUCCACAACUAAUGACAGACCCACUGGCCUAUAAUUCCCAGGUUUAUGUUUAUAGCCUUUUUUAAAUUGUGGAACCACAUUGGCUAUCUUUGAUCCUCUGGUAUCUCUCCUGUUGCUUUCAUCCUUGAAAAUAUAUUUUUUACAAACUUACUGACCUAUAAUCUUAAAUAGUUGCUGCCGUCAGAAUUUGCUGCAGCUGAGAGGCAUAUAUAGAAAAUAAACUACAACUGUUCUUGUGUUACACUGUGCAUUAGUCUACCUGGGCAAAGAUUACAUACAAGUUAAAGUUUUAUUCCUCUUCAGGUGACUUCAGAAAAUGUUUCUGAUUGGGAUAUUCAUCCUUUCUGAUACUUUGUUUAUUUUGUUCUCUAUAUCCAUUUAGAUUCUGAGUAAGUGAAGUAACA